AUGGCCGACUCGCAAAUCAACUACGACGACGCAAUUUCGUACUGGGCGUCGGUACCUGCUACCAACGACGGUGUUCUCGGCGGCUACGGCAACACCUCUGUGCCCCGAGCUGACGUGGUUGGCUCCAUCACAUUUCUCCGACGGCUCAAGACCCGAAUGCCGGUGGAGGAGGGCAAGAUCAAGUACGGCGCGGACGUCGGAGCGGGUAUCGGCCGAGUCACCAAGGAUAUGCUGAGCCAGGUAUGCGACAAGGUGGAUCUGGUGGAACCGGUGGAGCAGUUUGUGAACCAGGCCAAACAGGAUCUGGCCGGUAACGACAAGGUGGGCGAGUUUCUGGAUAUUGGCGCCCAGGACUUUGUGCCUGAAACAGGCAAGUACUGGGUCAUUUGGAACCAGUGGUGCCUGGGCCACUUGGACGACGAGAAUCUCGUGCUGUACUUCAAACGAUGCAUUGACGGUCUGCAAAAGAACGGAACCAUUGUUGUCAAGGAAAAUAAUGCUCCCCUGGAGGACGAGUUUGACCCCACAGAUUCCAGUGUUACUCGAACAGACGCCAAAUUCAGAGAGCUGUUUGACAAGGCGGGUCUGCAGCUCAUUCUCACAGAGGUCCAGAAGGGUCUGCCAAAGGAGCUCUUUGUGGUCCGAAUGUACGCUCUGAAAGUCAAGGAGUGA